CCAAAAGGUAAUGGAUACUAAUCACUUUACUAUCGAGGAAUUACAAAUAAUUGUGAAAUAAAUAUAACACAAAAUGAUAUUGAUGGGUAGCGAAGUGCAUCAGCGAAUCGUUAAGACCGUUCAGCUGUAGCGCAACAUAUCUUGAGGCACUUUUUAGCAGCUAUGCUGAUGUCUUUCGGGCCCCAUAAGCAAAAUACGGCCAAUGCGGUGCUGUUGAGGUCAAUGAUUUCUUAUGCGUCGUUGUCUUUUUGCUGCUGCUUUUCACGCUUUUGGCUUCGGCUUCGACUUUGGCUUUGGCUUUGGCUCACAAAAUACUUUUCGAGCAUAUAUUGAAUAUUAAUUAAACAGCUAUGCCGGCUUAUGUAAACAUUCAUGCUCGCAUGUUACUGACCGAAUGAUACGAAUGAAGAAGUCUCUGGACCACUGACUGCUGUAAUGUCAAUCUAUUAACUCAUUUCGAUGACAUAAUAUGAUAUACAUAGUUGGAAAUUACGCAUACUAUGAUUCACUAAGUAGAACAGAAAAAUAUUAUCAUUUAGGUAUCUUCUAUACUUACCUCUGUCGGAGGCCACAGAUUGAUAAACAAUAUACAAUUAAGCUAAAAAGAAAUGCAUGUUUUCUCAAUCAAUUGUGAUAUUUUUGGGGAAAAAUGGAGCCCAUAAAUUCAGCGCAAUUGAAACUGAGAGGCAUCAGUUAGACAUUCAACGCGACGUCAAUAAAAUGUAUAAAUUUGCGCUAUUUUCGUGCUUGGUACUUUGUAUGUGCUCAUUGAGGCACGUUCAUGGAGAUGUGUUCGAGGAAUGUUCAAAUUCGCAGGAAGGAAGCUUUGUUGCCAGCUGGGAGAAUUGUCAAUCGUAUGUUUAUUGCGAUGGUGAUGAUUCCAUACUGGGUCAGUGCGAUGAUGGCGAAUACUUUGACUCGGAAUCUGGGGCAUGUGAUCUAUCAACGAAUGUGCGCUGUUUUUUGGAUGAGGUCGACGAACCGCCAAUGCCAGACGAAGAAGAAGAGGAGGAAGAGGCCGGAGAUGACGAUUUACCACUUGAACCAGAGCCAACGCCGCCAACAAUGGAUAAUCCAACCACAGUGGACUAUUUAAACAUUGCGCCCGUUGUAAAGCCCAACUGCCCGUUCAGUGAUGAUCCGAGCCAGGUUAUUCUGAUGCCAAACAAUGCAUCAUGCACUGGAUAUUAUCUUUGCUAUCAUGGUCAUGCCAUGGAAAUGCAUUGCACUAAUGACCUGCAUUUCAAUGCCCAGAGUGGCCAGUGUGAUCAUCCCGAAAACGCUCAUUGCGCGCUGGCUGAGCCGACGGCACACAAGUGCUUGCCCCAUAUGACCGAUUUCUUUCCACAUCCGGAUAAGUGCAGUUAUUUCUACUACUGCAUCAAGGGCUUUCUGACGCUGCAACAGUGUCCCUUCUUCUAUGGCUGGGACAUUGAACGACGAAGCUGUGUGCAUCUGAACGUGGCUAAAUGCUUUGCCACCUCGAGACGUGCGUCUAAGCACGCCUCGCAACUGUCGCACAAAAUGAGACAAUCUAUUCGAAUUGACAUCCUGCCCGUCGUUUUUACCGUCAUCAUUCUCGGUUGCGUCUUCCCCGUUCGCGCCAUUAAUAUCACCGAAUGCGGUAGCAACGAAAAUGGGGAAUACAUGAACAUUACUCGCUCGGAUUGUAACUACACUGUGAUAUUUUGUAAUGGCCAGAACUCACAGUUCUGCGACGCAAUCGAUAUGUGUGAUCCCUCUUACAGUUGCCCUGAAGCCACCGAUAUAAGCGGCAGUACAACAAUUGGAACAACACCCAGUACAUCGAAUGGAUCAACAUUCAGCACAUCCAUUGGAUCAACAGUCAGCACAACGCCACGAUCCACAACGACAGGAACUCCAACAGAGGAUAUACGAGCGAAGUGUAGGCGAGGGAUUACAGCAAAAUACAAAUAUCCCGGCAAUUGUAAUUAUUACUAUUACUGUCUUGAGGGAUUUCUGAUUGUGGAGCAGUGCCCCUUCGGCUUUGUCUUCAGCGAGGAGACAAAAGCAUGUUCGAGGCUAACGCCAGACUAUCAGGGUUGCAAUUUGAUGCGAACUUAUAUGUUGAAACUCCUACUACUUGUACUUGGGUGCCUGCCACCUGAGCAGCUGAUUGAGGCGGCCUUCCUGCAGGAAUGCGAAGGCUACAUCAUCACCCUUAUUACCAAUCCGAAUUCAGAGUGCAGCGAGUUUAUCCAUUGCGAUGGCGAUAAUUCCUAUUACUGUAAUGGAGAAUGCGACGAGCCUGUGAGUUGCUACGAAUCCACAACGGUGGUCCCAACCACACAACAACGCCUGUCGACCGUCACCAGAGAGGCGAGCACCAAUAAUGUCUAUACAGAGCCCUACACAACUACUACGAAGAGAACAACAACUACUACGAAGAGAACAACAACCACUUCGCCCAUUGACAGCAACUGCGGAAGCAUGCAUAAUUCUAAAAGAUACUGUGCGUUUUUACUGGUGUUAGUUUGCCUCUUUGGCUCUGAAUCUCUAGCAGAUAUUUUCGAGCAGUGUAAUGAAGAAAACGAUCAACAGUUUAUAGUGUCUAAUACGAGUUGCACUCAUUUCAUUCUCUGCAACGGUGAGGACUCCCAUGAAGGCGAGUGCCCAGACGGAGACAGAUUUAAUGCUGAUGAGCAAAUGUGUGAGCUUAUGGAGGAUAUCGAUUGUCGCACUGGCCAGUCCAUUGAUAUUAAUAACAACAUUAUCACGGAAAGUGCUACCUCAGCUCCAGAAACAACUACAACUACACUGACUUCAACGCUAGCAGUUGUCCAAACUACAAGCCCAUCUCCUGCGGAUAGUAGUCCCGCCAGCAGCUUAACAAUUUCAUCCAGCAAUCCAGUAUUUACCUCUGUGGCUAGCAUCUGUCCACGCGCAGAUAAUCCCAAUCAAAUCGUGCUCUUGGCUCAUGAACAAUCCUGUUCCGACUACUUUAUUUGCUACGGUGGUCAACCUAUUGCCAUGCACUGUGCGCCGACUUUGCAUUUUAAUGUAAAAACUGGAAAGUGCGACAAAGCUGAGAUAGUUAAAUGUUUGAGAUCGAGCAUUGCCGUUCGGGAUCAGUGUAAGAAGCACACUGUUGAUGUUUACCCCCAUCCAGAUAAUUGCAACUAUUUCUAUUAUUGCCGCAAUGGUUACCUUUUGCUUCAGCAGUGCCCAUUCUUCUAUGGCUGGGAUUAUGAUAAGCGUUCUUGUGUAGCGAUUCGUCAGGCCAAAUGUUAUGGUCGUACUCGUAUUUGAUUAACUACAACUGUAAAUGUCAUUUAAAUAAAUUUGUUUCUUUUUUCC